AUGGCCUCGCUGUUCCUGCUGUGCGAUUUGGCACAUGCUUUCUAUAUUCACGCCGGCGUAUUCAUGCACGCGCCAGCAGAUGUGGUCUCCUUUAUGCGGAUUGCAUUCUACGAGUCAAUUCCACCAAAAGCCUGUUAUCAACCCAAAGAAUUACCGAUUGAUCGCCCUCUACAUGCUUAUGCAAACGAUCCUCCAAUCACGAAUACAGGAGAUCUUCUGGCUCGAAUCAUCGCUAAGGGUAUCUACUCAACUUCUUAUGUGCCAGAUCUCAUCUAUUCGUCGCCAGCGUUGAGAUGUCUGCAAACUGCGAAAGCCGUCCGAUCCAUCUGUGAUUGCCAAGCUCACAUCAGGUGUUCUAGUCUUAUGCUGUCCGUACCUGGUGCCGUUCGAUUUUUCACCGACGAACUGGCAUGUCGGAUUUCGGAAGGGAGAACCGGUGGUGCAACGUAUCCAUUCUCCUUUAUUUCAUAUAACAGAAGAGUCGAACCGGGACUGUUUGAGAAUUUAUCGAUGUAUCCUAAUGGUCUGCCUCAAUUCGCGACACCUGAACAGCGUGCUCAAUUCAACGUCGACGAGAGAUACAGGCCUCACAUGAGUAUCAGUGACCUGAGAAGGAAUCUUCAUGAAACCGCUGCCGACUACAACAGCCGUUUGAGGAACACUCUGUUACGAAUCGCUAAAAUGCACGAAGUGGUCGGUCAUGCCUCAACAGUCGAUUUGGCAGCUGGCCAUCUCGCAAAGAGUUCUCGUAAGUCAACUGAGCACGAUCUGACUUGGAGCUACAGGAAAAUACCUGUCGGCAGUACCUUAGUGCUCGAGCGUGUUCAGGGUCGCCGUGGAUGGACACCAAACCUCUAUGCGAUUCCACCUGUCACCUAUACAGGUCUAAGUAAUCAAUUCAGUGCUCCAUUUGUACUACGUGAUGCACCAGUGGUGAAGGAAUGA